AUGCCCAGCGUGCACGUGCCCAGGAUGCGGUCAGUGCGCGCGGUGCGCACCGUGCAUGCCCAGCGUGCACGUGCCCAGGAUGCGGACAUGGCCCCGGGGCCGGAGCCCAACGCCACGGCGCCCGCGGGGGCGGGGCCGGCCCUGCGCGUGGCCCUGGCGGCCUCCUGCGGCCUCAUCCUGCUGGUGGGGCUCCCGGCCAACGUGCUCAUGCUGCUGGUGGUGGGCCGGGGCCCGCGCGGCCCUGUGCGCCCGCUGCUGGCGCUGACCAACAGCCUCAUGGUGAACAUCACGCUGUCCGACCUGCUCUUCCUGGCCUGCGUGGUGCCCGUGCAGGGGCUCAGCUUCCUGCGGGCCGGCUGGUGGCUGGGCCCGGCGCUGUGCACGCUCAGCCAGGCGGCCAACACGGCCACGAUGUUCUGCACCUUCUACAGCAUGGGCGCCACCGCCCUGCUGCGCCACGCCGCCGUGGCCCGGGCGCCGCGCGUGGCCCUCCCGGCCGGCCGCGCCGCGCGCCUGCUGCUCUGCGCGGCCGCGUGGGCGCUGGGGCUGGCCACCUCGCUGCCCAACUGGCUGCUGCAGCGGCUGGCGGGCGCCGGGCCGGACCGGGCCUGCCUGCUGCCCCUGAGCCCCGCGCAGGCGGCCCGCUACUUCGCGCUGCUCGGCGCGCUGGCCGUGCUGCCCUGCGUGCUCGGCCUCGGGUGCUCCUUCGGCCACGUGGGCUGGCUGCUGAGGACGCGGCCCCGGGGCCCCCCCGGGGAGAGCCUGCGGGAGCAUCGCGACAACACGGGGCUCCUGCUCGUCGUGCUGGGGCUCUUCGUGCUGAUGUGGGGGCCCUGCUCGGUGCUGGGCUACCUGUCGGCCGUGGGGGCGCUGCCGGACACGCUGGGGGCCUUCGUGGCCUCCAGCCUCUGCGUCCUCCUGGCCUACUCCAACUGCGCCGUCAGCCCCCUCCUCUGCUUCUACCUCUCCCGCCCUUUCCGAGCAGGCCUCCGGGACCUCCUGCGCUGGCCGUGGGCCCCCCGGCCUCCCGGGGCUGGCAGGGGAGCUGCCGUGGGGAUAGAGCGCGCCCCGCCCGGCCUCGGGGGUGCGGCGGGGGUCUGA